CGAGUGAGUCGUUGCGACUAACACGAGGGGUCCAUGCGCCAUUGCAAAGGAAGUUGAAGCUUUUGUUAAUCCGCCAACUGCGCUUUUCUUCAACCCAAACAAAACCCCACCGCUCUUGCGCUCUCAUCAGUUCCUUCCCAAACAACAAUGGCUGUAAAUCUGACAUCAAAACCUUCUUUUCUUGACCAUUCUUUCUCCUCCAACAACUACAACCUUGGUUACAUCUCCCAAAUUCGCCCCAAUUUCGGACAAUUUCAACCAUUUCAUCUCAAUGUCACUUCGAAUCGUUCUAGAAAGUUGUGUAAUUUGCCUCAAAUCAGAGCUCAGGCUACUUCAGAGUAUGUCCCAGAUACCAAAUUCUACAAAGUGGAGGCCAUUCUCAGACCCUGGAGAAUCCCCAUGGUUUCUGCGGCUUUGCUGAAGAUGGGUAUUCGUGGUGUCACUGUUUCUGAUGUUCGGGGUUUUGGAGCACAAGGUGGAGCUGCAGAAAGGCAUGCUGGUUCUGAAUUUUCUGAGGACAAGUUUGUAACCAAGGUUAAGAUGGAAAUCGUGGUCAGCAAAGAUCAGGUUGAUACAGUAGUAGACUUAAUAAUCAAGGAAGCACGCACUGGUGAAAUUGGUGAUGGCAAAAUAUUCGUGCUGCCCGUUUCUGACAUCAUUAGAGUGCGCACUGGUCAGCGAGGAGAAGAAGCAGAGAGGAUGUCCGGAGGCCGGCAGGACAUGUCAAAACACGGCAAUGUUUAGAAAAGUUUAGGGCAUUGGGUAAAACAUUGAGGAGCCUCAUCAAGUUUUUGCAACUCUUUGCCCAAAUUUUCUAACUUUCUUGAAAUGUUGAUGAUUUUUAAGUUGCAAUCAAAAAAUAAUGAUUGUUACAAAGUAUUUUUCUGUUAAUAGAUUAUUCUGAAUGACUGUAUCAGUUUUGUAGAAUGUAGACCCUUUGCACAUGUAACUAAUAACAGGGAGAGUAGUUUAUUCAUGGAGGAAGUAAACAAGUUCUGUUCUAGAAAUGAUUAUAUCUAAAACAAAUUCUCAUGAUAA